CUUUGGAAUGCGGAGAUAAAAACAAGCGUCUCCAGAAGGGAGAGAGAGAGAAAGAGCGAGAAGAAGAAGAGAGAGAGGGAGAGGGAGAGAGACAAAAAACACAACACGGCCACAGAGACGGACUCCUCCCCGCCUCGGCCGUGACACCUCCGGCGGAUCACAGCGAAGAGGAUGACAGUGUUUCAUUUUUUGUUUGUUUUGGGUUUGUUUUACACGGCGAUCUAACGCUGUCAGUCAUCAUUUUCCUCCGGCACGCACUGACUGACUGCAUGGCUUCAGAAAGUUGCCGGGAUAAUAACACGGACAUCUGACUUGCGCCCUCACAGCGUCAUUGGACCACACUGAGCCCCCCUCUUUCCAUCACGUCUCGGACUAAUCUGCGCCUUUUGCUUUUGGAGUGAAGGGCUGAGCAGUUGUCACUUUGGCCCUGACACAGGCUACACCCAGCAAGCGCAGUGGGGGGGUUGACACUGUACAGCGCCACGGGAGACACCGAGUGUUCUGCUGCGCAUUGGUGGCUUUCUGCGCUGGUCUCACUUGUUUGUGCAUCAGAGGGAGGGUGGGGGGGGACCCAUUCUGUCUGGAUUCCUCCGUCCUGACAAACCGGCAGGGAAAAAAAAAGGCACAUAUUUUCAUCGGGACUGUUGACGCCUUAAUUUUUUGUAACUUCAUAUUUCCGUCAUCCUGAACAAGUGUCACCUCAUCCGUCCUCCCCGUUGAAUGAUCACGUUUGCCUCUUUUCUUUCGCUCGGUUCUCUUGCUGUUCGCAUUACGUUGAUAGCUCUGAAGCAGAAACACCGGUCCACAUGUGACUUAGAUCAGGUCACCUGUCCCGGUUCAGGCGCCCCGCUUCUCCUGCCUGCACCCUCCACCCGCUCCACGUAUCUGAUCCGACCGAGCGAUCGACACUGAGACGGAAUAGACUAACGAAGUUUUGCUGUAGUGAUGCUGCAAGUGGAAAUGGUCCUCUUCGUCUGCCUGGUGCUGCUGAUGUGUGUUCUAAGCCAGGAGCCCGGAUCCAAAGUGGUGGCCGACCGCUACGCCGUCUUCUGGAACCGGACCAACACCAAGUUCCACCGUGGUGAUUAUCACAUCGAUGUGUGCAUAAAUGACUACCUGGAUGUCUACUGUCCUCAUUAUGAGGACUCCGUGCCUGAGGAGCGGACAGAGCGCUAUGUUCUCUACAUGGUGAACUAUGAUGGCUACAGCACAUGCGACCACACCGCCAAGGGCUUCAAGCGCUGGGAGUGCAACAGGCCGCACUCCCCCAACGGGCCGCUAAAGUUUUCAGAGAAGUUCCAGCUCUUCACUCCCUUUUCUUUGGGCUUCGAGUUUCGACCAGGCAGAGAAUAUUAUUACAUCUCCUCCACUGUUGCUCCAAAUGGGAAGAAAACAUGCCUCAAGCUUAAAGUUUUCGUCCGACCAUCAAACAGCUGUCUGAAAACAGAUCGUGUUUUUGAUAUAGAUGACAGAGUAGAAAGUACGUUACCAAGAGAUGAAACCAGCCAUGAAACGGCUGCCCCUUCGCGGAGUGAAACGAACGCUGCGCAACGUCUGCAGAAGACAAGUUCUCUACUUGCUUUGCUGCUGGUCUCCCUCGUGGGACUCUUUACUUUAUAGCGCCUCCCUCUGUGCCGGAGGUCAUUUACACCUAGCGUGGCCUGAAUCUACCCUAGGCUGCAGGGUAGUGGGUGGGAUUUGGGUGGAUUGCAUUUGCUUGAUUGGGCAUAAAAAGCAGGCUUCUCAAGAAAAAACAAAACAAAGAAAAAACUCUAUUUUUUUCAGAAGAAAAAUUAAGUGGUCUUUCUCCUUCUGUGAGUUAAAAAAGUUGAUGUUAAAAGUGGGAGAGAAAGUGCCCCCUCUUAUACCUUCAACUAAGAUGCCAAAUCCCAUUUUUUUGACACUUAGUGAUUCUUAUUUUCCCGUGACAUUUACCAUCACGCAACAUUGUAUUUAUGUCAUUGCAGCACUGAUGUUUACCUAUGAAAACUAAGUUCAUGCAGUUUAUUGUGCAUACACACAGGCGGCACACCAUUGCAACAAUGCAAAAGCACAUUCAAAAACAGAAGCCAAUUGCAGCAGUAGAGUUUUACAGUUUUAGAGAGUCGGCGUAUACACAGUGGAGCAUUGUAGAUUCUAAGUGUUAGAAAUUAUUGUAUAUACAACAGACAGAAAUGAAUAGUUUCCCUGAGACCUCUCAAGAAGCCUUCUAAAGCUUAGCUUAAACCAGAGAUAGAUGUAGUUCAGUUUUUAACUAAGACAGAAUUUAGAAAUAUGUAAAAUAUCUGACAUGGAGCAAAGUGACUUACAAUCGCUCGUUUUUUAAACACGGUAUCCUCUUUCUCCAUACUCUGAUGAGUUGUUGAAUGUUCUGGAUGAGCAAAUCCUUUUCAAAUCACCAAGAAACUCUUUCUUUCUGACAAACCUAAUAAAAAUGGCCAAUAAAACAUUUCUAAAAAAAGCAUUCUGUUCACAAAGCCAAAACUAAAUUGAAACUUUCUCUCCAGACACUUCGUUAACCGUUGUUAAAAUCGAGAAUCAAUACCUUUUGAAACUUGAUAACACAAUUUCACGGCAGCAGUCACAGCCAUUUGUGCAAUGUUUACUGAGCUGGGCCGCAAUUGUUUUCUCUGUUCCAGUUGAGCAUUAGUCAAUAUUAACACUCCCAUAAACAUUUGCAUCCAAAGCUAUUUAUUCCCUCGCUAUUGAUUGUUCAAAAAGGUUCACAGUUUAAACUGGGUGGUGUUUUCUUUUUCUUUUUUAUUUUGCUAAACUAUCAAGUUAUUUGACUCAUCAAACAUUCUUUUAAACUAUACAGAUAGUUUAAACUUUUUUUAGAUCCUGUUAAAACAAUAAAAAAUGCUUAAUACUCUACACCUUACAGUACCACGCUUUUUUUAUUCUUCAACAUGAUCAUAGAUCAGUUAAAUACUUAUUAAAUGCAGCUGGUGAAGCAUUAUAAAGACAAAUGCAUAGCUCCAAUUAGAGGAAUGUAAAGAGAAAAAUAUAUAUAUCCAUUAAAAGUAAGGUAGCUCUGUUCAGUUUGUUUAUGUUACCACUUCGAUUCAAAGUAAUUUACUUCCACAGAAACACAAGGGCAGUUUGCUUAUUGGCAGUGUUUGAUUUAAAGAAAGGUUUUUGCUUCCUUGAAAGAAGUAACCUUUUACCCAAAGGGAUAGCUCAGGACUUUUCUGUUAAAAGAUCAUAAGUGGUUAAUAUUUUUCCCACAGUAGAGAACUCUUUGGUGUCUUCAUUUGAUUAAAAAUCCCCAUCAAUCAAACCCAGAAUCUGAAGAGAUGCCUUCAGAAUCUGGCUCGUCACAAAUGAUUUUUGUAGCUCAAAAGCAGCUGAUAUAACAACCAGUUCUGUUUUUUUUUUUUUUCACAAGCAGUGAGUCAACUCAGAGCUACAUCAUUGCAACACUGUGAAUGUCUGGUUCUGCCAUGUUAACAGAAACAAUUUAACUACACAAAUAUUAUUCAUCUACAUUUUUCUGCAAAUAGAUUACCUAAUAUCACCAUCUUAAUUUAUUGAUGCUGUUUUAAAAAGUAGAGUGCAUCCGUCUUUCUACUGCUAUUCCAACUUUUUGGUAAUUUUGAGGCUCUGUGUUUUGAAUUAAACAGAUUGGACAUGAAACUAACUGUGCAGUUUGAAAUUAUUUUUAAGUUUUUAUUGGUCACAAGCUUUUAGUGGCACGGCCAGAGCUCUAGGUGAAAGCAGAUCUUUCCUGUGGUUCAGUUCAAAGUUUAAUAACAAUUUUAUCUGUGCCAGGCCCAGAACGUGCAGCAAAGGAGACAGUGACAAACUCUGAGGAAGACACACUAGUGUUAGUGUAACCUUGAAGCCUAUUUAGGGUAAAACCCCUUAAACUUAAAUAAAAUUUCUUAAAGUGACAUCAAGUCCUUGGCAGUUUAUCUGUAUAGUGUUUCAUGAAUGCCUAAAUUGUCUUUAUUUUUGCAUUGGACAAUAGCAGCUAAUGAUAAACGAAAUUGACAUAAUAGACAAUCCCCUUUCUUUGUGAAACAACAUGGAACUUGCCAACCAUUUACAGUCAGAGCAAGUACCUUAUAGAGUAGUAAUACAUUGUUAAAAAUCUAUAAAAAUAGUGUGAAUUAAUGCUAUAAUAAUUUGGAUGUUUUUCCACUGAUGCGUUUUUAUAUCAGUUACUCUGACCAGAAAUACUUUUCACACAAGAUGAUCAGUUGCAAUGCUCCUCCAUUUUUAGUUGUAAAUAAUUGUUGUCGUCUGUGUGGAAAACUGCCAGAUGCAAAAGUUACAGUGGCUUAAAGAUCUUGGCCCUUCUUUGACAAACCAUUAGUCUCUGGAAUGAGUUUAUAUGUAUUUAUGCUAAAUUAAGACAUUAUGAGUACUUAUGACCUUUUAAUAGAACCUCACUUCAAAAAUCUUUAGCUAUGUCUUUAACUCUACUGAAUCUAGCAUCAUAUAAAAGCAGCAAGUUAGUAAAAGGCUUGGAAAGAUGGACAGAAUAAGAGAAAUACAGCAAAAAAAGGAACACAGGAGCAAUUGCGCACCCACCUUCUGCUCCUACUGUUACUUGUUUAAAGCGACCCCUUAAUGAGGUUCAAAAUGACAGGCACGCAGACCCCAUGUUGUCGCGGGGGAAGUUUUUCUGGUAUUAAAAAUAGAUGAUGGAAGGCUUAGUGGGGGAGUCUCGGAAGUGUAGAUUUUUACUGUGGGGGGUUUUAAAGCACCAAUGACCUUGCAGUUCAAGAGAGCUGGCAAGUGAAGGAGACAGAGAAGAAUUAUAUGAGGAGAGGCUUACACAUUCAAAUACAUGCAGGUUUGAAAAGAUAGUCGAUAAAAAUGUGAUUAGUGCCUAACAAAACACUUAGACAAAAGAACCUAAAAACUCAUUCAACACUACAGGCCAAAAAACCUAUUCAAUUCAAUGACAAACAUGCUGUCUAGCACCAUUCAGCCUCAGAGGCAUGCACUGUUUUGGGUUUGCUUUGUUUUUAUUUUGUGACUGUUUUUUUUUUCUGCGUUUUUUUAUAUAAUAUAUACAUAUAUCUAUUUUUCAUUUCAUUUCUGAUAAACAACGUUUGCCUUCAGCCAUUUGUUCCUUUUAUAUACUGCAGUAACAAUGCUAUUAUAGCAGAAUAGCAGCUCAGCUACAAGAGGUAAUAUGAGACGAGGCCAUUUAAUGAGGUACUAAUUUUCAGAGUAUCACCACGGGGAUAUGAGCACUGCAGAAGAUUCAACAUGGACGCUUGUCUGCAGGCUAUAAUCAGAAACCAGCUUCAGUUUUAUGAUUAUCAACACUAAUUGUCUUUUUUUUCUUUUGCUAUCAAUACCAUGAUUUUUUGUUCUGCACAUAACCCAAACCUGGGAAAUGAGAAUCAACUUAUAUAUUGGAUACUGUGUAUCCUGAGGUAGACAACCAUACAACAUAGUAGUGUUAGGUUAGUAUCUGUUUUGUACCUUUCUGGAGGACAAAUAAACAAAAUGAGAUAAACCAUUGUUAAAACUGUAUAAUUAUUAUUAUUGUUAUGAUGAUAAUGAUUAUGACUAUUAUCAUUAUUAUUAUUAGGAAAACUUCUCGAUGUAUAUAGUGUUUGAUAUUAAAGUAUUAAUUUGGUUCUUAUGUCUUUUCUAAAAAACAAUCAGAUACCGUAUUAUCUCUGGGUUUUGCGGAGUGUGUACUGUUCUCAAACAAUGCAUUGUGUGUGCUUUAUUCCUCAAUGCCUAAAGAGACUCUUGAGUUCAAACAAAAAGGGGAAACCUGUGGGAGCUGCACACACUGUGCAGUUGGCUGGAACAUUAGCCAACUAGAGGCUUACCUCUUACAUGUUUUAAACCAGUCACCAUCUCUUCAUGGAAAGAUCCUUACUACGAAAAGAAGCAUUUGGGACUUGAUCGAUGGCUAUUUGUACUUUUUCUUGCCUUCAGGAUUUGGAAGCAUUUUUUGAGUGGAAAGUUGGCUUUUUAAUGGAAGGAUCUCACCAGUUUCAUUAUGUGGCAUGCGCAUGAACUUGAUAACAUGUAUAAAAAAAAAAAAAUCUGAAGUUUUCAAGACUAUGUUUUUUUGCUGUUUUCUUUUUCAUGCUGAUGUUUUAGAUUUAAUUGGUCAUUUCCAUGUUCUGUGUUUUUGCAUCCCCCAUUCGAGUGAUGUCAGAUUGUGUACUCACACGUGACAAAUGUACAUACCACAAGCCAUUGUUGGGAGAUUUAAAAUUGGGUUUUGUGAGGUGCUUCAUUUUGUAGAUCAAAAGCAAUUCUUACUUUUAUUUUUCUAAACUUAAUUCUGUAAGCAUCCAUGGUGUUCAUCCUCGACUCGUUCCCUUUUUUCCCUUCACUCCCAGUUGGAGGGUUUAUGAGUGGAUACGUCUGUGUAGACAUUUUCCAGUGUGACACUUUUGAGUUUUUUGUGUCUCUUUUUGUCGCCACAGUUAAAGCGAAGCAGCAACUUUGUUUGGCAAUGAAGAGCGUUUCCCAUGCCUUAGCCCCUCAGCCUCUAACCCAUCUGUGUUCAAGACACUUUUUGCCAUUGUGCUUGUACACAGAGCAGCUGCUGGCUUCGAAGAGAGUACAAUGGGGCCCUUCAAUUGUCUCUGUCUUUUUAACAAUCUCUAAAUCACUUUUUCUUACUGUAGAUGGUGGUCUUAGGAACAGUUCAAGGAUUAGAGCACCCCACCUAACAAAUCCUGAACUAGAUUGUUAGAGGGUGAACCCUAUCAUCGAUUUAUGCUCUGUGCGCAGGGUAAAGCUUCUCAGCUCUCCUCUUGCUGAUGAAAACACUUGUUCGUUUUAUGUCCUGCCUCCGUUCUUCUUGUGCUUGUAUAACUUCCACCUGCUGUCCUUUCUCCCUCACCUUUCAACCCCACUCUGGCUUUUCCAUAAGUGGGGACUGUUUCCAAACUGCUCUUUUACAGUAUAUAAAAUGAAAGAAAAUUUGACAGGAAAAUGAUCUGUAUUUGUAUAUACACGUGUCUGAGCAACUAUGAAUACUACAAUAAAACAUUGCUUUGAUGAUUGUAA